AUGGCCGCCAAGUCCAAGGCGCGCGUCAUCAUCGCCCGCCUCAUGUCGACUGCCGGCACGGGCUACUUCUACACGACCACGCGGCUGCGCACUGCCGACCGCAUCGUGAUGCGCAAGUACGACCCCAAGGUGAAGCAGCACGUGCUCUUCCGGGAAACAAAGAAAUGA